AUGAAAAUAAAUUCCACAUAUUCUGAAUAAAGUAAGAAUGGUUAAACCUUAAAAAAUGCUAAAGUUGAAGAUUGUAAACAAGAUGAAUAUAAUAAAACAAAUAAAAGUGAGGAAGAAUGUUUCAAAAAGAAGGAAAAAAGAAAUCGAAAGUUUUUUUUAAAGCGAACUAUUUCUUUGUUAUAGAUUUGUAAAUAAAGUGGUAAGAUAGAUUUUUAAAUUGGGUCUGAUUUUCUACACAUUGAAAUUAUGUAAGGAGGUCACUACCCUUUAAAUUAAUAUAAUCUAAAAGAUCUUCGUUCUGAGGUCUAUCUAAAUGAUUCAGAGUUUUAAUCAUCUAAUAUAACUGGUAGUUUAGAAAAUGCUUCUAAAUCUAUUUUAAAGAAGUUUCGAAAUUAGUAAUCAGAAUAAAAUUGCAAAUCUUUCUCUUAUAUUUAAAAAUAAUUAGAAGAAAUAAAUACAUUCUGCUAAAAUAUUAAGAAGAAAGAUGGUUAAAAUUGUCCAGUCGAUUCUCAAUAAUUGGAUACAGUUUGGAUUAAGUAUAAUAAUUAAAUUGAUUAAGCAAUUCAAGAAACAAAAAAAAUUUUAAUUGAAUAGCAUCAAGCUAUAAAAAACAUUCUUUAAUGUUGA